AUGGCAUUAACAACAAAUUCCGAUACAAUAACUGACAUCGUUAUUAAUGAACCAUUAAGUAAUGAUUUGUUUACUACUAAUAUUUUCAACAAAGAGAAUUCAAAUCCUCAUUUUCCACUAAAAUAUACUUUGCCACAAUUUCCUAAACGUAUUGAUGAUGUAUUAAAAACCGGUCAUAUUGGAAAUGAAAAUCUCAAAUAUAAGACAGAUUUUCGUAAUACCAUUGUUCAAACACUUUAUGAAGAUUUAAGAACAACAUACAAAAUAAUCUAUCCAACAAGCAAACAAUAUCACGAAGUAGCAUCAGCUCUUGUGCUUGCGCAUCCAAUAUUAGGCGAUACGAUCACAUCGUUUGAUGACUCUCGAACAGUCAGUAUUUCUUCGUGG